AGUCACAGACAGAUGAUUCAGUUAAAGCUAAAUCAUUAAGAAGUUGUUCGUCUGACUGAAUGUUUCCACGUCUUGGUUGUGUUUUCCACACAGAGCCCAUCUUCAGCAGCAGCACUGGGAUUCUCAUCUCUGUCCCGUUAGUGGACGUCCUGGAAGACGGCCGCUGGGAGAUGAAGAUUGUGGAGCAGAAAGACAAGCGUGUGCGGCUGGCGGUCAACACUCUUCCGUCCGCCUCCAUCGGCUGCUACAAGGUGACCGUGGAGUCUUUCUCACCCAAGGGCAAGCUGCUGUUCCCCUGCACCCCCAACGACGUCUACCUGCUCUUCAACCCCUGGUGUGAAGAUGAUGCCGUGUAUCUGGAUAAUGAAGCAGAGAGGAAAGAGUACGUCCUGAACAGCAUGGGCAGAAUUUACUACGGAACUGAGCAGCAGAUUGGAACCAGAACAUGGAACUUUGCCCAGUUUGAACAGGAGAUCCUGGAAGCAUGUCUGUUCAUUCUGGAGAGAGGUCAGGUGGCUAUGACCGAAUGGAGAGAUCCAGUGAUUGUGUCCAGAAUGAUAUCUGCUCUGGUGAACUCCAACGAUGACUACGGUGUUCUGAUGGGUAGCUGGAAGGACAGCUAUGAGGGCGGGACGUCCCCCACGGCCUGGAGCGGCAGCGGGGACAUCCUGAGACAGUAUUACAAGAGCUCAGGGAAACCUGUCAGAUACGCUCAGUGCUGGGUCUAUGCAGGAGUCACCAAUUCUGUGUUGAGAUGUCUUGGUAUUCCCACCCGCUGUGUGACCAACUUCAACUCGGCUCACGACACGGACCUUUCCUUGACCACAGACAUUUAUAUUGAUGACAAGCUGGAAAUUAUCAAAGACAAGACCAGCGACUCUGUCUGGAACUUCCACGUGUGGAACGAGUCCUGGAUGACCCGUCCGGACCUCCCGGCUGGUUACGGCGGGUGGCAGGUGGUGGACGCGACCCCUCAGGAGCCCAGCCAGGGUUCGUACCGCUGCGGUCCCACUUCUGUUUUCGCCGUCCGCAACGGACACGUCGAGCUGAAAUUCGACACUCCGUUUGUCUUUGCUGAAGUGAACAGUGACAGGAUCUACUGGCAGAAGAAACCCGAUGGAAGCUUCAGUCAGGUUAAUGUGGAGAAGAACUCCAUCGGUCAGAGCAUCAGCACUAAAGCUGUGGGAUCUGAUGCUCGUGUGGACAUCACACACCUCUACAAAUACCCAGAAGGUUCAGCGGAGGAGCGCAUUGCUGUGGAAAGGGCCAGUCGCUUCGGCUCCAAACCCACUUUGUAUCCGUCUCCCACCAGCAAUGACGUGAGCGUUGAGUUUGUCAUGGACGGGGAAGGACCUCGUAUCGGUGGAGAUGCCAAACUCUCCAUCAUCCUGAAGAACAGGAGCUCAAGUCAGCGCACGGCCAGUCUGCUGUGUGAGGUGAUGGUCAUGUACUACACCGGCGUGCUGAAAUCCACUGUGAAGAAGGAUCGGAUCCCUCUCAACCUCAGAGCACAAGAGACCAAGGUUAUUCCUUGGACUCUGCAGUAUGUGGAGUACAUGAACCAUCUGGUGGACCAGGGCGCUCUGAAUCUGGCGGUCACCGGACGGGUCAACGAGACACAACAGAUUCUGGCCACACAGUUCAACUUCAGGCUGCGCACACCAGACCUCAUCAUCACUCCUCUAGGGGACGCUGUGGUGGGUAAAGAGCUGACAGUCAAGAUCACGUUCCAGAACCCUCUGUCACAAGUGUUGAGGAACGUUCUGUUCCGUAUAGAGGGAUUGGGAAUGCAGAGCGUCAGGAAGGUCGCGUAUGGUGAUGUGGAUAAGCUUGCGACGGUUACACUGACAGAGAAGUUUGUCCCCACUGUCGCCGGCUCUCAGAAGCUCCUGGCAUCGAUGGACUGCCGUCUGCUCACUCAAGUGCACGGAGUCGCUGAUAUUGUGGUCAAACCGAAGUAAAAAAGCUUUCUUUUAAGUCAUUGUAAUUCCUGCUAAAGCUCUCAGUUGUCUCCAGGAUAUAAGAAUAUUUACUAAAUGAAAUGAUCACUUAGAGUUAAAAAUAAUCAUGAAACUAAUGUAAAUUAACAAUAAAGAUCUUUCAUGCUUUAUUCAUGUCCUGUCUGUCUGGGUUUGUGUGUGAGUUGGUUUCAAAUAUCUAGCUAAUAAUAGCUAACUGAGACUUAUUAUAGCACUUAUAUAUCUUUGUUUUUUUUUUGUUUUUUUUUACUUCCAAUGUACUCAUCUGUAAGUCGCUUUGGAUAAAAGCGUCUGCUAAAAGACUAAAUAUAAAUAUCUACAGUGUAUCUCAGAAACUGCUUGCUGUACCAUUAUUUAGUCUUGUGAGGUCAGUGUUUAAAUGUUCAGUUUAUGUUUGGUCUUAUUUUUCAACUAUUUUUUAGUUCUUAUUUAUCUCUUUAUUUUAGCCUAUGGGUUUGAUUUUGACAUAGGUGGGGACAUAAGGGCAUAAUUUCAGAUCAGGACUUCGGAAGUUUGCUGCAUGAAUCUUUCAAUUUGACUGAUUCUAAAAGCUCCAUUUCACCCAUAUGUGCUUUUUAGAAUAAUUUCAAGCGAUGUUGAAUUGAAAAUAAAUGUCUCUUUUAAAUCUUUUUUUUUUUUUUUUGGUAAUAAUGAACAUAA